CAGGGGAAAUAUUAAAGUAAAUUCAGGAUUUGUAGAUUGUUACCUGUUACAUACUUUGACACACACACAACAAAUUAACCGGCAAAUUCAAAAUUCUGCACGGUUUAACGCCCAAGGAAAAAUGACAUGCUCUGCAAACAGGAUGAGUUCAAGCAGUGGUUUCGAGCCAAAGUGUAUGUGAUGUCCGGCCCGGGCGAGAGACCCUUUGACAGCUUGGAUCUGCAGUCCACGACCCAAGUGGCGAACGGAGACCUCGGCGUCAGCACUACGCGCGAGGAGCAUCAUGGGAAAUUAAGACAACCCGUUCAGAUCCACUACUUCACUCACCACAGCACCAAAUACUACUGGAACGAUGUGAUGCAAAACUUUGAAUUUUACAAAGGCUUGGAGGAUGUGAAGAUGAGCUGUGUGAGCAUCCACUCUGACCACAGCUCGGGACUUCCUAAAACCCUGCAGGACUACAGAAGGUUGUUUUUCGGGGAGAAUGAGAUUGCUGUUCGAGUGCCGUCUCUAUUCAAGCUCCUAAUAAAGGAAGUCUUGAAUCCCUUCUACAUCUUCCAGCUCUUCAGUGUCAUUCUUUGGAGUGCCGAGGACUACUACUACUACGCCACCGCCAUAGUGUUUAUGUCCGUGAUCUCAAUAGCUACCUCACUCUACACCAUUAAAAAGCAAUACGUGAUGCUGCACGACAUGGUGGCAGCGCACAGCGUGGUCCGUGUUUCGGUUUGCAGAGAAAGUAAAGAUAUCGAAGAGGCCAUGUCAACAGACCUUGUGCCCGGUGACGUCAUCAUUAUUCCAGCAAAUGGGAUGAUCAUGCCCUGCGACGCCGUGCUCACACAUGGGACCUGCAUUGUAAAUGAGAGCAUGUUGACAGGAGAGAGCGUGCCGGUCACCAAGACAAGUCUGCCCACUUCAGGCGAGGAGGCAGCCAGGAGCUUCAACAUGGAGGAGCAUAAGAGACACAUCCUGUUCUGUGGAACCCACGUCAUCCAGACGCGCUUCUACGCUGGAGAGCUGGUGGAGGCGGUUGUGGUCAGAACAGGCUUCAGUACAGAGAAAGGCCAGCUGGUGCGCUCCAUCCUUCACCCCAAACCCACCGACUUCAAGCUGUACCGCGAUGCCUACCUGUUCUUGUUGUGUCUGGUGGGGGUGGCGGGCAUCGGCUUCAUCUACACCGUCAUCCUGAGUGUCAUGAACAAGGUUCCAGCCAAAACCAUCAUCAUCGAAUCUUUGGACAUCAUCACCAUCACCGUGCCGCCCGCUUUGCCGGCGGCCAUGACGGCCGGCAUCGUGUACGCGCAGCGUCGGCUUAGGCGCGUCGGCAUCUUUUGCAUCAGUCCUCAGAGAAUCAAUAUGUGCGGUCAACUGAACCUGGUUUGCUUCGACAAGACUGGUACUCUGACAGAAGACGGGUUGGACCUGUGGGGUGUUCAGACAGCUGAAGGUGGCAGAUUUCUUCCCCCCGAGGCGGAUCCAGCUAAAGAAAGUCUGGUUAACACUGUAUUUGUGGCAUGCAUGGCCACCUGCCACUCACUGACCAAGAUCGAGGGCGAGCUCUCCGGAGACCCUUUAGACCUCAAGAUGUUCAGCGCCACCGGCUGGAUCCUAGAGGAGCCCACUGAGGAAGAGACUGCACUCCACAACCCCAUAAUGCCCACAGUGGUGCGACCUCCAAAGCACAAUCCUCUCACUCACAGCACGGAGCUCUCUGAAUUACCAUCCUGUGAGAUCGGCAUCGUGCGUCAGUUCCCCUUCUCCUCCACCCUGCAGAGGAUGAGUGUGGUGGUCAGAAGGCUGGGUGACAAACACAUGCAGGCUUACCUGAAGGGAGCCCCGGAGGUUGUGGCCAAUCUGUGCAAACAACACACAGUGCCACACAGCUUCACAGAGACUCUGGAGACCUACACCAGACAGGGCUUCAGGGUUAUUGCUCUGGCUCACCGACAGCUGGAGUCUAAACUCUCAUGGCACAAAGUCCAGAGUCUCGGCAGGGACCUGAUAGAAACCAACAUGGAGUUCAUUGGUUUGAUCAUCAUGCAGAACAAAAUAAAAGAGGAGACCGCAGGGGUUCUACUUGAACUACGGCAAGCAAACAUCCGCACUUUGAUGGUCACAGGUGACAACAUGUUGACAGCGAUAUCUGUGGCUCGGGAUUGCGGGAUGGUCCGUGCAGACGAGAAGGUCAUCAUUGCAGAUGCUGCGCCUCCGAAGGAUUUUCACCCAGCUAGCAUCACAUGGCACUACACUGAGAACCCAGCUCAGACCCACCAGGACCAUCAGACGGUGGAGAUCAACCUGGAGGACGCCGUAUCGGAGAGAGUUACUCCGCAGGAUCAGAACUAUCACUUUGCUGUGACUGGCAAAGCCUUCGCUGUUAUCACUGAGCACUUCCCCCAACUCGUCCAAAAGCUGGUGCUCAGGGCCACGGUGUUCGCCCGCAUGGCUCCGGACCAGAAGACGGAGCUGGUGGAAGUCUUGCAGAGCAUUGACUACACUGUUGGGAUGUGUGGUGACGGUGCCAAUGACUGUGGAGCUUUGAAGAGAGCUCAUAGCGGGAUCUCUCUGUCCGAGCUGGAGGCCUCUGUGGCUUCACCGUUCACCUCCACCACCUCAAACAUCUCCUGUGUCCCCCACCUGAUCAGGGAGGGCCGAGCCGCCCUCAUAACCUCAUUCUGCGUGUUCAAGUUCAUGGCUCUCUACAGCAUCAUCCAGUACCUCAGCGUCACUUUGCUCUACUCGAUUCUCAGCAACUUGGGGGACUUCCAGUUCCUCUUCAUUGACAUCGCCAUCAUUCUCAUCAUUGCCUUCACAAUGAGUCUGAACCCGGCAUGGAAGGAGCUGGUGAGGCAACGGCCGCCGUCCAGUCUGAUCUCCGGUCGGCUGCUCUGCUCGGUUCUGACCCAGAUCGUCACCUGCCUGGUCUUCCAGGUCCUGGCCUUCCUCUUGGUGCGGCAGCAGAGCUGGUAUGAGACAUGGACGCCUCAGUCAGAUGCCUGUAAUGUUUCCAGAUCCAGUCUUUCUCACAGCCCAAAUGUAACAAGCCCCCAUGACCAGAAAAACAUCAAAAACUACGAGAACACCACCCUCUUCUACGUCUCCUCCUUCCAGUAUUUGGCUGUAGCCAUCGUUUUCUCCAAAGGAAAGCCCUUCAGACAGCCGAGCUACAAGAACUGGCCGUUCAUGCUGUCCUGCAUCAGCCUGUACACCUUUGUCCUGCUCAUCAUGCUGUAUCCUGUUCCUGCCAUCGACAGCUUCCUGGAGAUCGUGUGUGUUCCCCAUGACUGGCGCGUUACACUGGUCAUCAUUGUCAUAGUGAAUGCGGCCGCGUCUUUCGUGCUGGAGAUUCUGAUCCUUGACAUCAUCCUGGGGAGGCUAAUUUUCAGAUGCAAUCAGGGGGGGAAUCGCCCCACGCAGCCCCCCUCGGCUGGCGCGCCUCAGGAGGCCAACGAUCGCUGGGCCUCUUCCUUCCUCCUCUGGUUGUUCUGUCGGAGGAACAAGCCCCCAAGGGUCAGCUACACCCAGCUGGCCCUGGGCCUGAGGGACGCCGCCGACUGGCCUCCUAGACCCUCCGCUGUCACCUACGCCAGAGAUCUGCAGUCCCACACGUCUGCCGCGCUCUGACCCCUCCGACCAGCAAACGGCCGCACAGACUAAACCCAAAACUUCGGCUGGAUGCCGGGCGACCGAUCCAGGAGGCUCCCUGAAGGUGGGGCCUCCAAACGCAAACAAAUGGCCGACACAGUGAGCUGCUCGCGCAGGAAGUUCUCUUUUGUUGUGAUUAACCUCAUCAGAGUAGAGAAAGCCUCUGCACACCGGAGGCUUCUGUUCAAGGAAUAGUCCAACGCGUCGGGCUCUUUUCUGUGAUAAGACGGCGUCGUCAAUCUUCUCAGCUCAACAUUUGGGGAUGUAUCGCUAAUUGCUUCAUGAUGACGGGAGCCUCACUAAACUGAAUGUACUUUCUUAACAGUGGGAUGCAAAAGUCAGAAAUAACAUUUAACAUUGAGAAUGGAAUAAGAGUGUUAAAUAAGCCCGUGAUUUGUUACCAGCCGUGUCCGCAGCAAAGUCUAUUGUUUUCUUCUUGUGUGUCAUCGUGGUAAAAUGUUUGGAAUCUUUCUGAGUCAAAAGACGUGUCAGUCAGUGGCAGCCGUGAUAAGAGCUGUUGGAAUUGGAAAGUGCUUCAAUGCUUCCUUUUUAAAAUAUAGUUAGUAGAAAACACUGCAUUUACCAAAUGAAGAAGAUAAGGCCACCACACAAUUCCUUUCAGCAGAUAACAUUGAAAGUAACGCAGCAUCUAACAAGCAUCGACAGUUAUUUCCAUACGGUCACAAACUGAUGGGAUUCAUGUUGAUGAAUUUGAAUAGACGGCUUCAAUCCUUUUGCUUGAUUUUGGAAUUAUUUAGUUUGGACAUAUACUAAAUAAGUAAGAAAACCAAUUAAUAGGAGAUUAAAGGAACAGUAAAGAAAUUCUCAUUUUUUUCUCUUUUUUUCCCCCAAAUAUUUUAACCUUGUAAGAUAACUUUAGGCAUUUAUUGAGUACAGUAAUAAUUCGAGAAAAUUACAGCUAAUUUGGUAAAAAAAAAGAUUUUAUAUAAGUAAGAGUAUAUUAAAAAUAAGGAUUCUUCCCACCCAAAAAACAAACAAAAAAUUCUUAUUCUAAAUAACUAGAAGAAUAAAAAGGAAGAAAACUGUGCUUAAUAUAAUUUAUUGAACACCUAAAAAGACAAAAUUAAUCAAGUAGGAAAAGGAACUAUUGAACCGAUUAAUUGAUGUAGUAAUUGUCAGUUUGUACUGUAAAAGCCAGCAUUCUAAAUAAUGAUAGAUUUCAUGGCGUAAUUUUUUUGCCACACUUUUUGUACACCCACUAGCAGUUUUGCCAUAGCAGACCCAAGUCAGUCAUCACCAUGAUGUCAUUUAGUCAAAGCGGGUCUUCUUUUCCUAAAUCCUCAUGAAUUAUUUUUCACAAUGUUCCAUGGCUGUGUAGCGUUUUUCAUUGAGGUUUAAGGAAAAGUGGUUCUGAAUAGAUGUAAACUUUUUGACUUUAGCCCUUCUAUGUACUACUGCAAUAGAAACUACCACAGAAGCCGCUUUAGGGACUUUAGGGCCGAUCUUGUCGACGCGAUGGCAAACAUGCAGAAGCAAUCAUGAAACUUAACAUGUGUUGUGAGCAGAACGAAGGUUCUAAGACAAAAUUCUUCCUGUGGAAGAGGGAAGCAAAAACUAAUGUCCCUUUUUAAUUUGUAUUGCUGCUGACAGUGUGUGUGUGUGUGUGUGUGUGUGUGUGUGUGUGUGUGUGUGUGUGUGUGUGUGUGUGUGUGUGUGUGUGUGAGUGUGUGAGUGCAACAAGUGCUAACAGGAUAAUCAAAACCAUUUGGGUGUCUGUUGAUUGCAUUAUGACAUUUUUACACUUAUUUCCUGAAAAUAUGACUUUUUAUUUGCUAUGACAAAUAAUUACAGCGUCUAACAUCACUAAGGUCCUGUACAUUACUGAUACGGUUUUAAUUAAUCAAAGCGAUAGACUGAAUCAUAAUGACUCAAUGAGACAAUUGCUGCUGUGACAAUUUUCUAACCUUUGAUUUGUACAUAUUUUAAUGUGACUAUUUACAGAUUUGUUUAGUACCAUUUCAAUUGUAACAAAUGUGAAGAAAUAUGGGAAUUAGUCACUUUUAUCUUCUCUUUAUUACCAUAAGAAACAUUUAUUUUUGAAAACUGCAAUCCAGUGUUUGUACUUACUUCUUAUCUCAACAACAUGUUUCAAUGUCUGGCAACAAAUUUCCCCGUGUUUGCUCUGCAGAACUCCCGUUACAUUUCUCAAUAAAUCUGUAUAUUAAGCCA